AUGGCGGCGAGACGGCGUGAUGGAUCUGAGGACAGCGGCGGGCUUGUCUUCAUGCUUGGACCGGACGAGACCGCGGUCAGGGGUUCAAUCACACGCCAGCGAGAUCCACGGCGGGCGUUCGUCAAACUCAGGGUGUUUGGACGGGAGUGGGAGGGGCUGGGAGCUUCUGUUUGGGGCUCGCCGGAGACUGGAGUCAUUAAAAGCAAACAGAAAGAGCCAGGAUUGGGGAGGAGGAGGGCCAGGAGGAGGGAGGAGGAGGAGGAGAGGAGGAGGUGGGAGGAGGAGGUGAGAGAGAGGAGGAGGUGGGAGGAGGAGGGCCAGGAGGAGGGAGGAGGAGGAGGAGGAGGAGGAGAGGAGGAGGUGGGAGAGAGGAGGAGGUGGGAGGAGGGAGGAGGAGGAGGAGAGGAGGGGGGCCAGGAGGAGGGAGGAGGAGGAGGAGGAGGGGGUGGGAGGAGGAGGGGGUGGGAGGAGGAGGGCCAGGAGGAGGGAGGAGGAGGAGGAGGGGGAGAGGAGGGGAUGGGAGGAGGAGGAGAGGAGGAGGUGGGAGAGAGGAGGAGGUGGGAGGAGGGAGGAGGAGGAGGAGGAGGAGAAGGAGGAGGAGGAGGAGAGGAGGAGGAGGAGGAGAGGAGGAGGUGGGAGGAGGAGGGCCAGGAGGAGGGAGGAGGAGGGGGAGAGGAGGGGGUGGGAGGAGGAGGAGAGGAGGAGGUGGGAGAGAGGAGGAGGUGGGAGGAGGGAGGAGGAGGAGGAGAGGAGGGGGGCCAGGAGGAGGGAGGAGGAGGAGAGGAGGGGUUCAUGUGGGAAGAACAAAAAAAGGCCAGAGUUACACAGAGGGAAAAGUCAGCAGAAGUUAGACUGAGGAACGUUAACCACGGAGAAUCUGACACUGCCACGUCAACACCCGGACUCCAGAGCGUCAACACCCGGACUCCAGAGCAGUCAACACCCGGACUCCAGAGCGUCAACACCCAGACUCCAGAGCAGUCAACACCCAGACUCCAGAGCAGUCAACACCCGGACUCCAGAGCGUCAACACCCAGACUCCAGAGCAGUCAACACCCAGACUCCAGAGCAGUCAACACCCGGACUCCAGAGCAGUCAACACCCGGACUCCAGAGCAGUCAACACCCGGACUCCAGAGCGUCAACACCCGGACUCCAGAGCAGUCAACACCCGGACUCCAGAGCAGUCAACACCCGGACUCCAGAGCAGUCAACACCCGGACUCCAGAGCGUCAACACCCGGACUCCAGAGCAGUCAACACCCACACUCCAGAGCAGUCAACACCCGGACUCCAGAGCAGUCAACACCCACACUCCAGAGCAGUCAACACCCGGACUCCAGAGCAGUCAACACCCGGACUCCAGAGCAGUCAACACCCGGACUCCAGAGCAGUCAACACCCGGACUCCAGAGCGUCAACACCCGGACUCCAGAGCGUCAACACCCGGACUCCAGAGCAGUCAACACCCAGACUCCAGAGCAGUCAACACCCGGACUCCAGAGCGUCAACACCCGGACUCCAGAGCAGUCAACACCCACACUCCAGAGCAGUCAACACCCGGACUCCAGAGCAGUCAACACCCACACUCCAGAGCAGUCAACACCCGGACUCCAGAGCAGUCAACACCCGGACUCCAGAGCGUCAACACCCGGACUCCAGAGCAGUCAACACCCACACUCCAGAGCAGUCAACACCCGGACUCCAGAGCAGUCAACACCCGGACUCCAGAGCGUCAACACCCGGACUCCAGAGCGUCAACACCCGGACUCCAGAGCAGUCAACACCCAGACUCCAGAGCAGUCAACACCCGGACUCCAGAGCGUCAACACCCGGACUCCAGAGCAGUCAACACCCACACUCCAGAGCAGUCAACACCCGGACUCCAGAGCAGUCAACACCCACACUCCAGAGCAGUCAACACCCGGACUCCAGAGCAGUCAACACCCGGACUCCAGAGCGAUCCGGGCCCCUGGGGGAGGACGGGGGAGACGGGGGGAGACGGGGGAGCCUUUUGAAGAACCGGAGCGCGUGAUAAAGCGAGAGCGCGGUGUAAUGGCGGCGACACGGCCUCCUGCUGCGAGCGCGUCCAGACCGCAGACCGCUGCUGCAGGAGGCGCUGGUGUGUGCGGCGGCGGAUUUAUGGUUCUGCUUGAGUCUGCAGUGAGUCUGCAGUCAGUCUGCAGUCAGUCUGCAGUCAGUCUGCAGUCAGUCUGCAGUGAGUCUGCAGUCAGUCUGCAGUCAGUCUGCAGUCAGUCUGCAGUGAGUCUGCAGUCAGUCUGCAGUCAGUCUGCAGUCAGUCUGCAGUCAGUCUGCAGUCAGUCUGCAGUCAGUCUGCAGUCAGUCUGCAGUCAGUCUGCAGUCAGUCUGCAGUCAGUCUGCAGUCAGUCUGCAGUGAGUCUGCAGUCAGUCUGCAGUCAGUCUGCAGUCAGUCUGCAGUCAGUCUGCAGUCAGUCUGCAGUGAGUCUGCAGUCAGUCUGCAUCAGUCUGCAGUCAGUCUGCAGUCAGUCUGCAGUCAGUCUGCAGUCAGUCUGCAGUCAGUCUGCAGUCAGUCUGCAGUCAGUCUGCAGUCAGUCUGCAGUCAGUCUGCAGUCAGUCUGCAGUGAGUCUGCAGUCAGUCUGCAGUCAGUCUGCAGUCAGUCUGCAGUCAGUCUGCAGUCAGUCUGCAGUGAGUCUGCAGUCAGUCUGCAGUCAGUCUGCAGUCAGUCUGCAGUGAGUCUGCAGUCAGUCUGCAGUCAGUCUGCAGUCAGUCUGCAUCAGUCUGCAGUCAGUCUGCAGUCAGUCUGCAGUGAGUCUGCAGUCAGUCUGCAGUCAGUCUGCAGUGAGUCUGCAGUCAGUCUGCAGUCAGUCUGCAGUCAGUCUGCAGUGAGUCUGCAGUCAGUCUGCAGUCAGUCUGCAGUCAGUCUGCAGUCAGUCUGCAGUGAGUCUGCAGUCAGUCUGCAGUCAGUCUGCAGUCAGUCUGCAGUCAGUCUGCAGUGA